AUGCCGUACUACGGCCAUUCCCGUCCGUCUGCAGACUAUUUCAACAGCAAUUUGAUGACUCAAAACUUUGUCGUUGCGGACAUAACCAACGGAAUCAAGAACGUUUAUUUCUAUGAUGAACGUGGCAAAGACAAAAAUGCAGAUGCAGUAUGCAGUCUCCCUGAAGUGAAUUUCAGUUUGCUGGACAACUGCGUUGGUCAAAACAAAUCCAAAGUAAAGGUAGUAUUGUGCUUCCUACUACCUGGUCACUCGCACAACAUAGCCGAUCGGGUCAUAGCUUGGUGCCGCCGCGCCACCCGCGGCCUCAAUUUGUACACACCAAUGGAUUUGGUUAAAAAGGUGAAUGAAGUUAAAAGUGUCAAUGGAACAUUUAUCGACCACAACGCUCCUGAUCGCCCAUUUUUUGUCGAAUGGGGAACUCUUCUCGCUAAAUAUUUUACGCCUCUACCUGCAGGCUACACAGCAAAUUAUCUUUUUGAAAUUGACAAAGGGAUAUGCACUGCUCGGAAGACGGUAAACACGCCGGAUGUUGAGGCUAUCGUUUUUGCUACGGUGGACAGCAGUAAUGAUAGCUUCACUAUCCAGUGUACAGCUUCCUCGACACCCCAAGAAAGAGCUAUCAGCCAAAAAACAGAAAUCGCUCUCAGCGAAGUACUUUUCCAUCCCAAAGCAGUACCUCAGUUAUUACCCAGACGUACCUGA